AUGGCAUCCGUCUCGGACCCAGACUCCGACGCCGACACCGAAGUCAGCACACCUCCCCGCCUCCGCGGCCCCAUCCUCGUCUCCUCCGACUCCGACACCGACAGCGAGCCCGAGCGCCCGCCACGGCACCUCCGCGCGCCGUCGAAAACGCCGUCAUGGGCAAAGAGCGUGUCGAGGUCCCCGAGCCCCAUUAUGCGUAGGAAGAAAAGAGCGAAGAGGAGUGUUUCGCCAGGCAUUGGGCGCUGGGGAGACGACGACGAGCAAGGGUACGAGUCGGCGGAGAGCGGGCGCAUACGGCUGCGCAAAGAGAGGAGCCCGAGUGUGCUGCGGGAAGAGGACUCGGACGAUGAAGAUGUGUCUGGGAGUGGGAGUGAGGCUGAGGUGAGCUCUGGUGAGAGUGGGGUGGAAGACUCCGAGGACGAGGAUGAGGUUGAGAGUGAUGGGGAAUCGGAGGCCCCCUCAGAAAUUGAACAACUACAUCCAGAUAGUCCCACCAGAACUGCUCAGACGCGGAUAGAGAGGCAAGAGAGCCUAGAUCAGGAGCUACAGUCGGAAGCUGGGUCUGAGGAUGACGAGAGCGAAGACGAGAAGGAAGCUUCAAGUUCAGGUGCUGAAGAUAAUGCAGAGACCGAGCAUGAAGCGGAAACCGAAUCAGAAGCAGAGGCCCAACUGGAGACGGAGGCUGAAUCAGAAAGAGAGGCCGAAUCGGAAGUGGAGAUUGAAUCAGAAGUGAAGGCCGGCUCAGAAACGGAGGUCGAAUCAGAAGCAGAGAUCCAAUCAGAAGUGGAGGUAGAAUCAGAAGCAGAAGCCGGACUAGAAGCAGAGAUCGAAUCCGAACCAGAGGUAGAACCAGGAGCAGAGGUAGAAUCAGAAGAAGAGAUAGAAUCAGAAGCAGAGGUCGAGUCAGAGGUAGAGGACAUGCCCGAGCCUUUGGACGAGCCUGAGGAUAACUCCGAGUCCGAAUCCGAGGGCGAACCCGAACCCGAGGAUGAGGAUGAGGAUGAAGCUCAAUUCGCGGACGAAUCCCAGCUGGAGACCCAACCACUUUACGAGUUACCGCCCUCAAUACACAGCUAUGCCAACAGAGAUACAAAUUCCGGGCCCGCAACACCGUCUCCAUCUGACGAUUCAGACGCAGAAGAAGAGGAGGAGGAGGAGGAAAGCCCAGUCCCACUCGCCAGCCCUAACAAACGCCCCGUAGCCCCUCUAGAUAGCCCCUUCCCAUCAGAUCAUAGCGAAGCAGGCGCCGAAGAAGACGCCGAAGAAGACGCCGAAAGCCAUUAUACCGACUCCGGUGAAGACGAAAGCGAAGAUGAAUUUGCCGAGAUCAAGCCCACGGUAACCAUUUCCUCCACCUCAAAAGGUCGCCCAAAACGAGCCGCAGUACGACGGACCGCAGAACAGCAGGCCGCACUACGACGGGCCGUAAAACAGGCCGCAGCACGACGGACCGCAGCACGACGGGCCUCAGUACAACAGGCCGCAGCACGACGGGCCGCAGAACGACGGGCCCCUAAAAUCACUGGGAGAACGCGGGGGCGACAGGUCGAUGUGUACAACUCCAAAUACAUUGAGCUCCUCAAUGACCAGAUCGAGCUGGCCGCUUCACGGGGGCUCAGUGAGAUUGAGCAUGACCGCGACCGGGUGACGCAGGUGCUUGGGUCGGUGUGGACGAGGAGGGAGAGGGAUAUGUUCUUCAAAUAUAUAGCGAUUGUUGGAAAGGAUAAUGUCGCCGAACUGGCACGGCUCAUUGGUACCAAGAGUGUCGUGGAGUGCCGCGCGUAUGUAAAGGCGCUGCAGGAUGGGAGGGAGCACGAUUGGCAUGCUCCGGCUAAGCGGUGGAUAAGAGAAAGAGAAAUUGUUUCCGCGAGAGACAUACCAGCGGCCGUGGAACUCAGUGAUGAGUGUGUCGAGGCAUUGGAGGAAGAGGCGUAUGUACUAGAGGCGCGAAUACGCAAGGACGAAGAGAGGCGGGAGAAGGUUAAAUGGGGAGAUCUCUGGCGUCUAGAUGCUGCAAGCUCGUGGACCCUUGAGCAAAUGUACAAAGAGAAUGAAAUCGAUGAGAUUCGCGAGAUUGCACCGGAAGCUGAGCUGUUGAAUAUAUAUAACAUGCUUGGGAUAUCAGAAAGUAUCUUCAUGAACGGCUCCGGCGACGAUCACAACUGGCAGUUCCUGGGCUCUGAUCCGCCCGCGAUCCGCUACACAGCAUUCAAAGAUCUCCACACGCUCAUUGUCAGCCUGACCAGACGCAUCGUUCAAACAACAAUCUACAUGGCCACAUCACGGGUCCGUGGAAUGGAGAGCCAGGUCUUUGGCAAAUCCAAGUUCAUACGUCCGAUCGAUGUUAAGGCAGCGGUGAAUUGUCUGCGCCUCCCCGAGAACUCGAGGGAGUACUGGAUUAGGAUCCCGAGGAGAACCGGGCUGCAUGUUUAUAACAGGAAGGAGGACAUCAGGAAGAAGAGCAAUAUAGGCUUCAUUCCAUAUGAUGAACUGGAGCAGGUCCUGAAAUCUACCAGGGCAUAUGGCUCAGGUUCGGGGGUAAAUCCGGGUGAUGAUGACGACGAGGAGGAUGACGAGGCCGUGGAGGCUAAGAUGGAUGCGUUGCUUGCAGCCGCGUACGUUGAGCGCGACAAUAAUGAGAGAAUAAAACAUGAAGAUGCCUCGGAUCUAAUGGAUACCGAAGUCUCAGACCUGGACUCUGAGUCCGGUAUCGAUGGCGACGAGGACGAGGAUGAUGAAAGUCAUGAAUCCGCAGAUAGCGAUAUGGACGUAGAUGGCACGCUUAGAAGCAAGCCCCAGAAAAAACUAGAUUCCGAGUUGGAGGCUAUCGACAAUGCAGAGGAUGCGUAUAUGGAGGUAUUGGACAAGAAGCGGAGCUAUAAGGAGGAGAAAGCUCUAUGGGAGCUGAUGGGCAGAGAACCCAGUCAGCCUUUGCCUAAAGUAGCAAAACCGUUACCGAAGUUGCUUCCUCUCGAAAGGAAGAGACCUCUAGAUCUUAUGAACUGGAGGGACAGCGCCGGUUAUCUGGCGUCAUGGGAAACGGAUAAGAGGAGGAAGACAAAGCACGAUGGUGGUCUAUGGAGAGGAGACGAUGAUAGUUCAACUUUUCAUUCGGCAGCAACCUUGUCAGAAUCACAAACGACCACCAAAGUGCAUGAGCACAAAGUAAUACCCAAGAAGAAGAGGAGGCCGACGGCCAGAAAGCAGAAACAGGCGAAGGUCCUAAGCCCUGUGAAGGCUAUAAGUCCACCUGCUCAUAGGCCAAGAAGAAUUCGUGAACGACGCCAAUCUAAAGUGUAUUCCGGAUUUGUUUCAACCGUCGACAAUAUCGUUGAGAGCGACGAGGAAGCUCUUGCACGUGAGUUGCAGGAAGAUAACUCUUUCUCGGAGGAAAGUGCGGAUUAA